GGCACAUCGCAGGAAGCACGAGUCUUCUUUCGAGAAAGUUGCUUUAAACGUGAAGAUCGUCAGUACCGUGGAAUUUUGCUGGGUUUUAACGCGAGGAGAUUCGUUAUUGAAGAUUGGCAGGAGUUCUUUUUGCAGUUGGUCGAACUCCGUGAAUGCGGCAGACUCGGCACAUAAACGAAGAAAUGUUUAAUUGAGAUCUCGAAAAAAAAAAUGUCAAAAACCGUAGAACCUGUUGUUAUCGUGCGAAAGGAGAUUCGGAUUCCUCCUGGCUCGAAAUACUCUCCUGGUGUUUACACGAUUCACGGGCCGCAAAAGUGCAAUCAUACGCUACGAAAGCGGCCUAUCCACCUCAAGAAAUGUACAGCUUACGACGAUAAAGAGGUAGUGAAGGUUCAGGAACGCAACGGUGUGCGAAAAUAUGUCGUUCCAUCGCAAGAACCUUCCGUCUAUCCGAAAAUCAUGAGUAAGAAGGAAUUCGAGUAUUUUGAGAAACAGGGCUACAACGUACCGAAGGAGGAACUGGACAAAGCGAUAGCGGCGGCUGAGAAAGAGAAGGAACGCUUGACGAAGGAAAGCAUGGCGCGUAAAGAGGCAAUGCGAAAGAUGGAUAUGAAAAGGGGACCCAAAGGAGCAAAGUUAGACGAGAUUGAGGCAGAAGCGCGCAAGAGGACUAUACAUUUACUGGAGAGAGCUUAUAAUUUGAAGAUCGAGCAGGAGGAGGAAAUCCAGAAGUGCAACAGGUUAAUCCUGGAGACGAAGUGUCGUGCCAUCAGAGACGCUCAGAUCGCAGAGAAGAAGCUCAUCGAGAAGGAACUCGCCGACGAGGAGAAGCGACUGAACGAGAUGAUGGAGAAUGAGAGGAGAUGGGCAAUCAAGUUGGAAGAAGAGAAAGAAAAGGAGGAAGCUGCAAAGCGAAGUCAAUUUGCAAAAGUCUUGAAGGAACAGAUUGAGGAGAACGAAGGUCAGAGGAUCUUGGAUUUCGAGAGGAAACAGGAGGAAAGUCGACUGAUUAACCUCAAGAAUAUAGCUUGGCAACAAGAGGAGAUGAUGAAACUGCAGAAUAAGGAGGCGGAGAACAGUCGGAUCAGGCAGGAGCUAGCUGAAGGGAACGAGCAACUGAAGCACUUCAAGGACAUGGAACGAGAAGAGAGCAGGAUAAUCGAAUUGAGGAUACAAGAGUUUCAGAGAGAGAAACAGGAGAGGGAAAGAAAGAUCGCCGAAGAACAGAGAUUGGCAACUUUGCGAAAAGAGCGCGAGAAAGAGACGGUCGCUGCUCAGGCGCAGCAAGCUCAGGAUCUUCAGGCGCAGAUCGAUGAGCUGAACGCAGCGCGGGUGCAGGAGCAAGUGGAACGAGAAUGGAGGCAAAAGGAAAAAGAGGAAGCUCUAAAAAGAGCCGAAACGCAGAAAACACUGAAGCUGGCCAGGGAAGAGCAAAUUCAUAACAAGAGGAUUAUGCAGGCAAUGGAAAUAGAACAGGAGAGGCGGGAAUUCGCUAGAAUUCUCAAGGUUCAAAAGGAGGCCUUCUGCUCGGAGAUGAAGGAACGCGAGAAAAAAGAAAAGGAGGCUGCGAAGCAUCGAAGCGAGAUUCUUAGACAGGUCAAUCAAAAGGAACGCGAGCGCAUUCUGGCAAGACAAAAAAUGCUCGAGGAAGGUGCAAUGAUACGGGAGGAAGCUGAGAUAAGAAAGAAGAAAUUGCGUGAGGCCAUGGAGCGUAAAUGUCGAGAAAUGAGUGACAAUAAGGUUCCAAAAAUAUAUAUAGAUGAGGUUAGGCGCAUGAUGGAGGAGAUUCAAUAAUGUUCACGUAAGGAUAUACAAAGGGAUGGCUCGAAUUCGGUUUAAAAACUUUAUUGAAAUUCUUUAUUAUAUAAAUAACCGCAGGUAGGUAUCGCUAUGCGAAAAUAAGAG